UCUUUAUUUAGUUGUGUCGUCAGAAACAAAAUGUCGCAGUCUGGAGAAAAAGGAAAGUUCCCUGAUGCUGCAGGAUAUGUGGGAUUUGCCAACCUGCCCAAUCAGGUUCACAGGAAGUCUGUGAAGAAAGGCUUUGAGUUUACUCUGAUGGUUGUAGGAGAGUCUGGUCUUGGUAAAUCAACCCUGAUCAACAGCCUCUUCCUGACUGACCUCUACCCAGAGCGCUAUAUACCUGUAUUAUUUUCUAAUUCUAAAAGUGGUACGGUAGGCUUUAAGACGAUCAUCCAGUAUAUUGAUAAUCAGUUUGAGCGAUACCUGCACGACGAGAGCGGCCUGAACCGCAGACACAUCGUUGACAACAGAGUGCACUGCUGCUUUUACUUCAUCUCUCCGUUUGGACACGGCUCGUUCUCUGAUCUAUGCUUUAUUCUGUUCGACAGCUUUAAGACGAUCAUCCAGUAUAUUGAUAAUCAGUUUGAGCGAUACCUGCACGACGAGAGCGGCCUGAACCGCAGACACAUCGUUGACAACAGAGUGCACUGCUGCUUUUACUUCAUCUCUCCGUUUGGACACGGCAUGAAGCCUCUGGAUGUUGAGUUUAUGAAGGCGAUCCACAGCAAAGUCAACAUCGUUCCUGUGAUCGCCAAAGCCGACACGCUCACGCUGAGAGAGCGAGACCGUCUCAAGAGAAGGAUUUUGGAUGAGAUCAGUGAGCAUGGGAUCCGGAUCUACCAGCUUCCCGACGCUGAUUCGGACGAGGACGAAGAAUUCAAGGAACAGACGCGUGUCCUAAAGGCCAGCAUCCCGUUCGCAGUGAUCGGCUCCAACCAGCUGAUAGAGGUGAAGGGGAAGAAGAUCCGUGGACGCCUGUACCCGUGGGGGGUGGUGGAGGUGGAAAACCCUGAACACAACGACUUCCUCAAACUGCGCACUAUGCUGGUAACUCACAUGCAGGACCUGCAGGAAGUCACUCAAGAUCUCCACUAUGAGAACUUCCGUUCAGAAAGACUAAAGCGAGCUGGCAGGGCGGCUGAUGAAGAUGUGUUGGACAAAGACCAGAUCCUCAUGGAGAAGGAAGCUGAGCUGAGACGCAUGCAGCAGAUGAUUGCUCAGAUGCAAGCUCAGAUGAAGAUAAAACCAGGAGACGACUAAGUGUGUGUUUGUGUGUCUAUUUGUGUAUUGUGGGAACAGGAAGUGCCAUCUGACUGGAGGUUACAUUAUCCUGCCCAUUUCUAAACACUAUUUGCUUGUCCAAUCCCUCAUGUUUAUCAGAUUAAUGGAACGUAAUGUUAAUGUCGUCUAAUUCAUAUAACCACAUCACUAUCGCAGCUCCGCCCAUACGAAUAACCUCAACACUGAAACGAAGGGUCCGUUAUCAUGUCAUUUAAUCAGUCAGGUUAGAUCCUGUUAAUAAUUUAUAUCACCGGUAGUCAAUCAUGGUUUCAUUGACAAUGUUCAGCAUAUGUUCAUCUGUAGAUUGAUCAGGGUUUGAGGUCAGCUGGAGACUAGAUGUUUUUCUGUGCCAAACACUCUUUUUAAACUGCUUGGCUUGUACCAGUCAUGCAUCAGACUGGCAUAUGUUUACCUGAUCACCUCGACAAUACUUUAUAAAGCAUAUAUAUUAUACUUUGACUGCGGAUGCAUGGGAUAAAAUAAGAGGACGAUGCACUGGUAAGAUGCACCUGGUCAAGUUUACAAUUUUCGAAAAUGUACCUGUUCAUAAUCAUCAUAUAGUCACACAGACAUGAAUUCAUAUCAGAGUUUGUUGGACUUGUCUUUGAAAAAGUGGUCGCUGCAUUGGGCAGCACUUCCCUCUAGUGGACUAUAUAGAAAAACAACCUGAUGUACAAUAGAAAGCACAUUAAACUACAUUUUGCCAGAUUGGAUCAUGAAAAUACUAAGACUACAAUUGGACAAUCUCUUGACAUCCUGUUUGCGUUUUGUCAAUGAUGCGAUAUCUGAUCAUCUUUUUGAAAGGGAAAUCGGUUAAUAAAGUGGCGCAGCAAAUAUUGUUCACCUUUCUUACUUGGAGAGUGUGAAUCUAGUAAAAUGACGGUAAAGUUAUGUGUUUAUUGUGGACGCACUGGUUCAGCUGUUGGUUUGUAUUUUGAUUCACAGAAAUGCCUUAAAACUCCAUUUAGAGACAUGGUGCACACAUUUCUCUUCUUUUAUACUUAUAUUCUUAUGGUUUGGGGAUUGUUUUCUAUCAUUUUUUUAUUGCUUGAUUUUCACUUUAUUUACUACUUAAACAUCUACCGCAGUGAUCUUUAUGUUUCUUGUUUAGCAGCUGGAACAUUUAUAAGUGUAUGUUUUUAAAGUUCAUCUAAACGGUACAAGGUCUAAGAAACGGACUGAAACGCACCAUCACUGCCUGCACAUCGAUGUCCGAGUCAUUUUACAGCAUUUUAGGGAGUUAUUUGCUAAUUAUUAAUGUAAUGUCUGCUGUAAACACACUGAUUUUGUUUUGUUGUAUUUGUGGUUCAGCCCACUUAUUUUGACUCGGUUAUCUCCUGUUUAGGCCUUUUUUAAAGCAUUAACACAGUUGCGCGGUACAGUAAUGCUUACUUCCCUGUUUUACAUCUUCCUUUUUGUAUUUGCUCAUGUUGAGAAAUAAAUAACUUUCCGAGUCAUUUGUUUUGAACGCUUUAGUUUCCUGCAAGCAUAAAGUCUCAGAAAUGGUUUUGAAAACAUUUCUGUUUGUACACCAUAAAUAAUGUUUUGCUCAACAAUGCUUUUUUUCAUUCACCAUAUUUGACUAGUUUCAUUGACCCUGCAAAUCAUAUGCAUAUAAUG